AUGUAUUAUUAGGCUCCAACUCCUAUGAUGCCGUUGGCUCAUGCAAUGAAUAACCCUAUUCAAGUAUAAUAAGCCGCUAAUAUUCGCAAACCUGAUUUUCCACCAGAUGUAUUUAUUCAUGAGUAAUCCUUAGAUGUAACCAAUCUUUGUGAUACCUUAAGUUGCUCAUAUCAAAUCCUAAUUAAAACCAAAAUGUAGACCAUAUGAUCCCAUUUUGGGAGUUGGAAGAAAAGCAGAGUGGAUGCUGGAUAAAUUUGAAGAUGAAUAUGAGCAGAUGGAAAGAGAAGAAAGAGAAAAAAGUAUUUAUAGUAAUAAUUCUGUAGAUGUUGUUAAGCCAUCAAGAUUACCACUUAAAGUUCUGAAGAAAUAAGAGAGAAAAAGAUAACAUAGCGAAGAAGUGAAGAAAAGAUUGCAAACAUGGAAUCCUUUUGAAGACCCUAACAUAUCCUCAGAUCCUUACAAAACAUUGUUUGUAGGUAGAUUAAAUUUUGCAACGACUGACAAAAAACUGCGCAAAGAAUUUGAGGAAUAUGGUCCAAUUAAAUCUGUAAGAAUAGCGCGAGAUUCAACUCAUGAUAAACCUAGAGGCUAUGCAUUCAUUGGUAAGGGGGUGAUCAUAAAUUAAAAGAGUAUGAGAGUAAGAACAGUGUUAAAUCAGCUUAUAAAUAUGCAGUAGAUAAACGUGUUGAUGGACGUAAAGUGGUAGUAGAUAUCGAAAGAGGUAGAACAAUUCUUAAAUGGAGACCUCGUUAUCUUGGUGGAGGGUUGGGAGAAUUGAGAAGAUCAAGGAGUGAAGAGGUAAUGAAGAAGCCCAAAGAUGAGUAAGUAGAAAAAGAGGAAGAAAAUAAAAGACGUAAAUCAAAAAAAGGUAAUUUAUUAUAUAAUAUAUAGGUAUAGAUGAAGCCAAAUCAUCCAAAAAACCUAGAUCUCGAUCUAAGAGUGCCAAAAAACACAAGAAAAGAGAUGAAAGCGAAAAUAAGAAGAAUAAGAAGAGAGAAAAGUCCAGAAAGAAACAUAAGUGA